AUGCUUGGGAUCUUGCCUUUCAAAAGGGAUAAUUAUGAUCUAAUAUUCAAAAAGAAUGCUCAGGAUCUCACAACUAUUCACACUAGAUGGAAGGGCAGUAAAGCAAGAGAACUUGGAGCUGGCUACAAAUUAUUCUACCAUGGGGAAGUCAGUGGAAGAAAUGGAGUGGGUGUGGUGGUGAAAGAAAAGCAUAUUAAUGGCGUGCUCGAAGUACAUAGAAUGUCAGAUAGGAUAAUGAGUGUGAAACUGGAAAUAGAAGGAAUGGUGUCAAACAUUAUUUCAGCAUAUGCACAACAGGUGGGAUGCGAUCGAGAAGAUAAAGAGGAGUUCUGGGAGAAAUUAGACGAUCUGGUUCAGUUGAUUCCAAGAGAAGAAAGGCUAAACAUUGGAGCAGACUUCAAUGGACACAUCGGCGAGGGAAACGGAGGAGACGAGAGAGCAAUGUAG